AUGGAAAAUAGUGAGCUUAAAAAUUCAGUGAAAUCUGUCAAUUGUGCAUCGUGUAUUCCAGAAAAAGAUCCAGAAGAAGACCUGCAGGCGGCAACUGCCGCCGCCGUCGAAGAGGCUGAAAAAGCGAAUUGGGGAAGUCGAGCAUUUGUGAAAUUAGGACAAACCAUUGGAGUUGUUGAGCUCACCAAACUGGAGCCCAGAUUUGAGGUAAAAAUUAAACCUCUUGUCUUGAAGUCAUCAUCAUUGUUCUUCCAGAGAAACAUUGACAAGCUCAUCUCCUAUCACAAUAUCAUCUACAAAAUGGUUGACGCCAUCGAGCUACAAGUCCAAGUCGUCCCAAAAAUGCUCGCCCAGAAAAAAGUCAGUUGUAAUCCGGGGGAGAAUCCAUGGGAAAUGCUUGGAGGAUGGCUAAACUUCUUGGGAAUCAAUCAUUACACUGGUCCACAUGCGAAAAUCGUAAUGAAGUACAGUAAGGCAUGUGGAAAGAUUAGCCAGAAGGAAGCGUUGGUUCAGAAGAGAAGUGGGUUUCAUGAGAAGUUGCUGAAAUUAGAGAGAACGAAAAUUUCAGCGAGGUCGCAUCUGAUCAAACGUAUGCGGGUUUAUACUAGUGAGGAGAGUGAAGAGCUUAACGAAACCGUCGCUGGGUUGGGCCAUCUGUUGCAUUCUAUUGAUGAGUCACGUCAUCAGCUGAAAUCUGCCAACACUUUGGAGAAGUUGAAGGAGAAGGGCGAGGCAUACAGAAUCUUUGUCAAGGCCUUCGAUCAUAAAGCCAGUGCUGUUCAGGCGGCAAUUGAUGAAGUGGCCACUCAAGUAUCACUUCAUCAGCACGAGCUUCUCAAAUUCUCGCGAGAAGUGUCAGUGUUCAACGAUUCGGUGUUCAACUCGUUGAAUGAAGUGAUUCUUCGUCUGGGAUAUCAUAUCCAAAAAUGA